ACCGGGCACAUCGAGCGGCUCGCUGAGCAGACAGCAGCAACCAAACACCGGGCACAUCGAGCGGCUCACUGAGCAGACAGCAGCAAACCGGGAGAAACGUGGGAGCCACGAGCACUCCAGGAGCCGAGAGUUAUUGUUCUUUACCGGCGGGAUGGUGUCAGUGAUGGCACAGUUCCCCCUGGUAGUGACAACUCAGGUUGACCUGGUCCUGGUUCUGGUCUCCUUGCUGGCCCUCUGGACCAGACUGAGUUACCUGAGCUACCCCAACGCUGUGGUGUUUGAUGAGGUCUACUACGGUCAGUUUGUGUCUCUCUACAUGAAGAGAGUCUUCUUCAUCGAUGACAGCGGGCCGCCGCUCGGUCACACGAUACUGGCCCUCGGAGCGUACCUGGGAGGAUUUGAUGGAAACUUUGUGUGGAACAGAAUUGGAGCAGAGUAUCCCAGCAGUUUGAGUGUGUGGAGUCUGCGUUUUCUGCCGGCUCUGUGUGGAGCGCUCUGUGUUCCUCUCGUCUACCUGUUGACUCUGGAGCUGAAGUUCUCUCACCUGUCUGCUUUGGGAGCUUCAGUGCUGCUGCUGCUGGAUAACUCUCUGAUCGUGCAGUCCCGCUUCAUGCUGCUGGAGUCGCUGCUCAUCUUCUUCGUGCUGCUGUCCUUCUUCUCCUACCUGAGGUUCCACAACUCCUCCCACAGCUGCUUCAGAUACUGCUGGCUGCUGCUGUCUGGAGCCUCAUGUGCCGCGGCGGUAGGGGUGAAGUAUAUGGGCGUGUUCUCCUACCUGCUGCUGGUGGGUGUGGCCUCUCUGCACACCUGGCACCUUAUUGGAGACCAAGCCGUCAGCCAUCUGAGUGUGUGUGUGCAGUGUGUGUGUCGGAUUGUGUGUCUCCUGGUGGUUCCGGUCCUGCUCUACGUCUUCUGGUUCUAUAUUCAUCUCACUCUAUUGGACCGCAGCGGACCACAUGACCAGCUGAUGAGCCCCGCCUUCCAGGCCAGUCUGGAGGGGGGUCUCUCCAGAAUCACUCAGGGUCAGCCUCUGGAAGUCGCUUAUGGUAGUCAGGUGACUUUGAGAAGCUCCGUGUCCCAACCAAUCCCCUGCUGGCUCCACUCGCACAAAGCCAACUACCCAAUCAGGUAUGAAAAUGGGCGGGGCAGCUCUCACCAGCAGCAGGUCACCUGUUACCCUUUCAAAGACGUCAACAACUGGUGGAUCAUUAAAGACCCCGACAGACAGGAGCUGGUGGUCGGCACUCCUCCGCGCCCUGUCCGUCACGGUGAUGUCAUUCAGCUGGUCCAUGGGAUGACAUCACGCUUCCUCAACAGUCAUGACGUAGCAGCUCCCAUGAGCCCUCACUCUCAGGAAGUGUCGGGUUACAUCAACUUCAACGUUUCCAUGGCAGCACAGAACCUGUGGAGAGUGAACCUUCCUCACCGGGAGGCGGAAUCAGAGUCCUGGAAAACAAUCCUCUCUGAGGUUCGAUUAGUUCAUGUCAACACUUCAGCUGUCCUCAAGCUGAGUGGUGUGUCUCUUCCAGACUGGGGUUUCCGUCAGUUGGAGGUCGUUGGGGAGAAACUGUUUAAAGCUCACAGCAGCAGUUUGGGCUGGACCGUCGAGGAGCAUCGUUAUGGAACCAGUCAGGAGCAGAAGGAGAGGGAAGCGGAGCUUCAUUCUCCGACUCAUAUCGAUGUGGAGAGGAAGAUCUCCUUCUGGGCCAAAUUCUUAGAGCUUCAGUGGAAGAUGCUGACGGUUAAACAAGAAGACUCUGAGCACAAAUACAGCUCCUCCCCUCUGGAAUGGGUUACCAUGGAAACCAACAUUGCAUACUGGCUGCAUUCCUCCACCAACGCUCAGAUCCAUUUGAUUGGUAACCCGGUGUCGUGGGGCGUGGCCAUACUCAGCCUGCUAGCUUAUCAGCUGCUGGCAGCCAUUUACCUAGUGAGGAGGAGGCGGGGCUUCAAAGACAUCUCUGAUGGUGUGUGGGCUCAGUUUGUGUGUGUGGGUUGUGUGUGUGUUGGGGGUUGGGUUGUGAAUUUUGUUCCCUUCCUGUUGAUGGAGAAGACUCUCUUCCUGUAUCACUACUUGCCGGCUCUCUGCUACCUGCAUCUGCUAAGCCCCGCCCUGCUGGAGCAUGUACACACUCACCUGCUCAGCAAAGCGACACACCGCCGUGCGCUGUGCGUGUGCGCAUGGAUCGUGCUGACGUCAGUCUUCUUGUCCUACCGGACCUUCUGCCCUUUGACCUACGGCACACCGGAGCUAUCGGCCAAUCAGCUGCAAGCACUCAAGUGGAGGGACUCCUGGGACAUCCUGUACCGUUACCGCUAGACAAAGACAGGCAGACGUCACACGCAUCACUUCCUGUUUCAAUAAGUCUGGUGAAAAUAAACACAUUUCCUUUUCAAA